GGGAUCCGCCCUUAUGCCGUAGCAGCCAAUGGGGGAGCGGGCGGCAAGCCCGGCUCUCGCAGGGCUCGAGAGGGAGCGGUCGCUGUGUCUUUCGUUUCAUGUUGGUGCUGCUCUCAGCUGCAACUCAGCGCGGCCUGUACUGCCUUGAGAGCCGGUAACCGUUAUACUUUCAGCGGCUCUUGUGGUUAGAAGAGGUACCUUAAUAUAACAUACUGGACGCUCAAACUGAAAUACAAGCAUAGCCUGUAAAGGAAAGAACUCCCUCUGAUAAUGGCAGAAGCUCAUCAAGCAGUAGCUUUUCAAUUCACCGUAACUCCAGAUGGGAUUGACCUGCGGAUGAGCCAUGAGGCACUCAAACAAAUUUACCUAUCUGGUGUCCAUUCAUGGAAGAAAAAGUUCAUCAGAUUCAAGAAUGGAAUUAUCACUGGCGUUUAUCCUGCUAGCCCAUCUAGCUGGCUUAUUGUAGUUGUGGGUGUGAUGUCAACAAUGUAUGCCAAAAUUGAUCCUUCUUUAGGAAUAAUAGCUAAAAUCAACCGAACACUUGAUACAACUGGCUAUAUGUCAAACCAAACACAGAACGUCGUAAGUGGAAUACUUUUUGGCACAGGGCUUUGGGUUGCCCUUAUUGUCACAAUGCGCUACUCUCUAAAAAUGCUGCUUUCCUAUCAUGGUUGGAUGUUCGCUGAACAUGGCAAAAUUUCUGCAGGCACCAAGCUUUGGAUGGCACUUGUAAAACUGUUCUCAGGACGCAAACCCAUGUUAUACAGUUUCCAGACAUCUCUACCACGAUUGCCAGUUCCAUCUGUUAAAGACACAGUCAAUAGGUAUCUGGAAUCAGUUCGGCCACUUAUGGAUGAUGAAGAGUUCAGAAGAAUGGAGGGUCUUGCCAAAGAUUUUGCAUUUAGUUUGGGACCAAGGCUUCAAUGGUAUUUAAAGCUGAAAUCCUGGUGGGCCACUAAUUAUGUUAGUGAUUGGUGGGAAGAAUAUAUCUACCUUAGAGGACGUGGUCCUAUUAUGGUUAAUAGUAACUAUUUUGCAAUGGACUUCCUUUAUUUAUCUCCCACAACCCUGCAGGCAGCUAGAGCUGGUAAUGUUAUCCAUGCCAUUCUGCUCUAUCGGAAAAAACUGGACAGACAAGAAAUCAAGCCGAUUCUUCUGAUGGGUUCUACUGUUCCGCUCUGCUCAGCUCAGUGGGAACGGAUGUUUAAUACCUCCCGAAUCCCAGGAGAGGAAUCAGAUACUCUUCAGCAUGUGAACGACAGCAAACACAUUGUUGUGUAUCAUAAGGGCCGUUACUUCAAAGUGUGGCUGUACCAUGAUGGUAGGCUGUUGAAACCCCGAGAAAUAGAACAACAGAUGCAAAGAAUUCUUGAUGAUGACUCAGAGCCUCAGGCUGGUGAAGAGAAACUAGCAGCUCUUACUGCAGGAGAUAGAGUACCAUGGGCUAAAGCUCGACAGGCUUAUUUUAGCCGUGGAAAGAACAAACAGUCCUUAGAUGCUGUUGAAAAAGCAGCAUUUUUUGUGACAUUGGAUGACGUCGAGCAAGGGUACAGGAAAGAAGAUCCAGUGAGGUCACUUGAUGCGUAUGCAAAAUCCUUAAUACAUGGCAGAUGUUAUGACAGGUGGUUUGAUAAAACAUUCACUCUUAUAGUAUUCAAAAAUGGCAGAAUGGGUCUGAAUGCAGAGCAUUCUUGGGCAGAUGCUCCUAUUCUCGGACACCUGUGGGAGAAUGUAAUGGCAACUGAAUAUCUUGAACUGGGCUAUUCAGAAGAUGGUCAUUGCAAAGGAGAAACCAAUCAAAAUAUUCCUAUUCCCACCAAACUACAGUGGGAAAUUCCAGAAGAAUGUCAAGAAAUGAUUGAGAGGUCUCUGAGCACUGCCAUAGCUCUGGCAGAUGAUGUAGACUUCCAUUCAUUUUUCUUUGAUGUUUUUGGGAAGGGACUAAUAAAGAAAGCAAAAACCAGCCCUGAUGCAUUUGUGCAACUUGCCCUGCAGCUUGCUCACUAUCGGGAUAUGGGAAAAUUUUCCUUAACAUAUGAAGCAUCCAUGACGCGCUUGUUCAGAGAAGGCAGGACCGAAACUGUUCGUUCGUGUACUGUUGAAUCAUGUAAUUUUGUUCAAGCCAUGGAAGACCCAACUGAAAGUAAUGAAAAUAAACUUAAGUUCUUCCGGCUUGCUGCUGCCAAGCACCAGCACUUGUAUCGUCUCGCCAUGACUGGUGCUGGCAUUGAUCGCCACCUGUUCUGCCUUUAUGUUGUGUCCAAGUAUCUUGCUGUAGAUUCUCCUUUUCUUAAGGAAGUGUUGUCAGAGCCUUGGAGGCUGUCAACAAGUCAGACACCACAGCAACAUAUUGACUUAAAGAAGAACCCUGAGAUGUUAUCCUGUGGUGGAGGAUUUGGACCGGUGGCUGAUGACGGCUAUGGUGUUUCUUACAUUAUCUUGGAUGAAAAUUCCAUCCAUUUCCAUGUCUCCAGCAAAGUAUCUUGUUCUGAGACGGAUUCUCAUCGUUUUGGAAAAAACAUCCAAAAAGCAAUGGUUGACAUCAUGGGUUUAUUUAACCUUAGUAAAAACUGUACCAAGUGAUUUGCCUUAUCGAUGCCAAGCCAUCUCCCAUUGUUGGGAUGAGAACUCUUCUGAACAGUGAAUGAGCAAGGCUUGUUAAACGGCAGGUGGUGAAGAAACUGAGUAAACAUCUUCUGAUCACCUAUGAAAACCUUAGUAGUGCAUUGAACAUUUCAUUUUUUUCAGUAGUUUGGAAGAGGUUAUUUCCUUAUUUCCACAAAGGAUGACUUUUGAAAUCUUGUAUGUUCCUAGGCAUGAAGUAUAAUAUAAUUGCAUUGUCAUGUAUAUUUUAACGCCUACAGUUUUCUCUUAAUUUGUAUACACUUGCUUUUUUUUUUGUUAAUUUAAAAUUAGUCUACUUGUAUUCCAGAAUCAAAGGGAUAAAACACAGUCUUAAAUACUAGAAAAAGUUUUAUUUGCUAUGUAUUAAUAGCAGAAUAUUCUUCAAUGUAUCUGCUGCUUUAUGUCAAUGAAUGACAGAACUUGUGGCUGUUUACUGUUGGGUUUUUUUGUUGGUUUUUUUGGGUUGUUUUGGGUUGUGUUUUUUUUUGGGGGGUGGGGGGCAGGGUGGCUUAAAAGUAAUCUCUGUAAAACAUACAAAAAAAGAUGCCUGCUAACCUGUAACAUACCGAGACAUAGAAAUUUGAGCGGGUUUGGAAAAAAACAACAUUGGGUAGUGCUAUAUUGGGUAAUUAAAUGUCACCUCAUUAGCAGGUAUCACAUUUUUCUUUUUACUUAGAAGGAUGUCUGCCACAUUGUUAAUUUUGUUCUGUAUAGAUAAAGAGACCUAUGUGCUUGUUCAUGCUACUGCCUUAGGAAAAGAAAGAUCCUAAACCCAGGAAAAAGUGUAUUCUGGGAGUUGCUUUUACCUUGUCUUAGUGGAGAAGAAGGUGAAGUAGUAGUAAUGGAGAUCUAGUUUUCAAACUGUAAGUUAGGUUUCUGCAGUAUAUGUAGGCUCUGAGUGUGUUGCCAUAUGGUGCAGUUAGGUUUAAAGCCCUAAUGAAUGCACCGGUCUAAAUGGCAAAGAUCUGUCCCUAUGAAAUGCAGGAGUAACUUUGUUUCAGAGCUACCGAUACUUAUGUAUUAUUUGGUGGUCGUUUGAGAUAAGUUUCUGGGUUGCAGGGAAUAUAAUUUUAAUUUAAAUGCAGGCUGUUGAAUUUAGAGACUGAUCAAUAGCAGUUUGCCCACUUUCACCCUGGAAGGACCACUACUACAUUGCCAGCUAUCUGAAUGAGAAGGGCAGACUGUGGAAAACAGCUGCAGAAUGGAGAAGUCCUGGCCUUUUCAAGACCCUCCUGGGCGAUGCUCUUGGUCAAGCAGUUUCUGAAGGAUACAAGGAUACAAGGAGGGAGGGGAAAGCUGUUUCACUCAAAAAAGAGCAUAAUUUUUCCAAGUGCAGAAAUAAAAUGGCCACUACAAAAUGGAGUAUCUUUGUGUGCAGUGCUUCUCUGCCCCAGUCUUUAUAGAUGUGCUUACUUUUUACAUCCUGCAAUCCAGUAAAAUGUAGCUGUUAGGGCAACUUUUCUUUUUUUUUAAAUUAAAUGUUUUUAGUAGUAGAGUGAAUGCUGCUUCAGUAUGAUGCUGAUUUUAAAGGCCUUUGGGGUUGAUAUAAAACUUCUCAUUAAACUUUGAAUGCUUUCUGGCCAGUAUUUCUAUGUUUCUAUGCCUCUUCGCUUUUUUUUGUGUUUUGUAGGGGUUUUUUUGUUGCUGUUUGGAUUUUGUGGGUUUGGGUUUGAUUUUUUUAAUUCCAAUCUAGCUAUGAAAACACCUGUAUAUGUAUGUUUGAGGUGGGAAACCUUAAGGAUCCCAGAUAAAUACUUAAACUAAUGCAUGAUUACAUAAAUGUAGGAACUCACAGGAAUUUGCCAAAGACAUUCAUUAUUUAAUUAGGUACACUCUGUGGGAAAGGAUACUUUGAAAUAAGUCCUUACUGUGUCUGGUAGACCUGGCAUUUAUCAAACUACUGCAACAAAUUUAUAGUGAUCUGUUAUUUUGGACUGCAGAACUAAUGCACUGUUUGUUUCAUUUGGUUUUUUUUGUUGACCACCGAGCAAUAUGUGCUUAAAGUAACAUUAGGAUAUAGAAAAUUGUAGGAUUUUCUUUUAGAAAAAAAAGGUUAGAUUUGACUCUCAGGUAUUAAAUGUUUAAAGUCUUGUUGUAGUUAGUGCAGUUAUCAGUGAAAUCUUAGAUUCUUAGAAAGUAUAAUUGGCACAGAAAGCUGGGUUUCAUUGCAAACGUUAGAAAAGUUUACUGGUGUUACAUGUAUCUUUUUAAUUCAGGAAAGAUCAUAAUUCCUUAACAGAUACAGUUUUAUUUAGUUUUCUUUAAAAUGUCAACAGCAUGUAAAAAAAAAAAAAGGCUUUUUGGAUGUAAAUCUUGGAAAUCCACAGUGAAUGUAGGCUAUUAAUAUUUUAAAUAUUGAUAUUCGAUAUUGUGUACAUACAAUAAAACUACUUGCUUUUUUUUGCUGAAAAGCCAUAGGAAUGUAACUGAAAUUACGUGAUUUGAAUGAACCUUCCUCAAUAGUGCAAAAGUUCUUAUUCCAGAAAAGAUAUUGAUUUGUUACUAAAACCUUGUAUUACUUAUUCUCGUUAGUGAUUUAAGAGCUCCAAGUUAGAAUUGAGUAGGUGGUAAAAAUCAGGUUGGAUAAUAAUAAUAAAUUAACUUGUUUAUUAAAUAGCAGUGUCAAAUUGCUGGAAUACCUCAAAUGUGCAUUUUCCAAAUUUCUUAUUUCAGCUAUUUCAUUCCAGAAAUUAGAAACCAUUAAGUCCAUCUAGAGACUACCAUUCCCCAGUAUUUACACCAUUCCAAACUAAAUAUUCCUUUAAGGGUUGGGUUUUUGAGGUACUAAGGAAGGCUGUGCCUCACCUUGAAAAUCAUGGUUCUAAUUCAGCCUUUGUACCAGUUGUUUCCUUGUCUAAAAUAUAUUAAUUUAAGCUAGUUGUUUAUUUUUCUUUUCAGUUACUCUGUAUCUAUGGUUGAUUGCUUACAUCUAACACUGUUUUCUACUUGCUUCUGUUACUUCAAAAAAAAAAAUAAAAUAUCACAAUUACCACUA